CCCACAAGUCGUAAGCCUCACAAAAACAAAAACAACAAAAAAUCAUUCCUUGUACGUUCCAUUUACUUGUUUAAAAUUCUAGUGAAAAUCAUUCCUUGUACGUUCCAUUUACUUGUUUAAAAUUCUAGUUUUUGUUCAACUUUGCAAACCAAGUCCGUCAUGAAGAGGAUGAGAGAAGAAGAGGAAAAGAAUUAUGAGCUUGACACGGCAAAAUACCUAAUGCUCCUCGGUUCGGGUUUGGCUGUGCAGCCUAUCAGACAGUACCGACCACCAUCAACCGAUGUUUUCGAGUGUAAAACUUGUAACCGCCGCUUCUCGUCAUUCCAAGCGCUCGGAGGCCACCGGGCCAGCCACAACAAGCGGAGGAUGACGGUUGAUGAUCAUCACGAAUCGGCGAAAACGAGCCCCGCCAAGAGCUCGUUACCAAAGAAGCACGAGUGUAGCAUAUGCGGGGUGGUGUUCUCAAUGGGGCAAGCCUUGGGCGGCCACAUGCGCCGCCACAAAGCCAUCAUGGAGAUGCAAGGGUCGUUUGCCGAUAUCAUGCCACAUCAUCAUCAUGAUGUUGUCGUUUCGAAGACUCCGGUUGUGCUGAAGAGAUCUAAUAGUAGUGUCAAGGUUUCAUGGACGUUGGACUUGAACCUAACGCCUUUGGAGAAUGACUUGAAGAUCUUGUUUGGGAAGAUGGCUCCAAAAGUUGAUCUUUUUAUUUAGUUCUUCAUAAUUAAUUUUGUGUUUCUUUUUUUCUUAACAUUGAA